CUGCGUGAUUUUGGUAGAGAUGGUGGGAUCAGCGCAUUACUAAAUUUUCUAUGUCAUGUUGACUUUCCCAAAAAAAUUGCAACACACACACACACACACACACACACACACACACACACACACACACACACACACACUUAUUUUGCAGUUAAAGAUGAAAUGGCUAAAACUUAUUCGCCUAUUGGAGGUCAAAAUAGUCAUGCCUGAGAAUUAUUACACAAAACAUACUACCCAAAAAAUACGUGCACGUGAUCUUGUCAGCAAUGACAUCCUUCUUUACUGUGUGUAUCAUGAGCAUCAAUGAUAUAUUGAAGUACACACCUAGUUUUCGUUAUAUGCCGAAUAUGAUAAUGCGGAUUCAUGUUUAUACGACGAUCCAAAAUGUGGCAGGUAUUCUCACUAUGUGGGAAAAGUUCACGUUUAUGCGGUCUGUGCGGGAGCCGAUGUGUGUGUGUGUGUGUGUGUGUGUUGGCGCGAGUGAUUUUCUUAUUUUCGUAAAACUUUAUAACUUCCUGUGUGUGUGUAUGUGUGUGUGUGUGAUGUACUCCAACGGAAAUACUAUGUAGAAGUUUGUUUCCCUUUUUCCAGGAUCAUAAAGAAAACACUGAUCUGCGUACGUGACAUUUCCACCUGCAAAUUUCUUGGUAAUUCAAUUCCUCGUGCCUGAUUUACCUCUUCCUAUAGUGAUUCUGGCUUAAUAAUCAUCAGUGCGAGGGAGAAAAAAAUAAUGGCACUAAAAUGUAUCCAAAUAUGUAGGUGCCUUUAACAAACUUAAGUGUACAAAAUUAAAUCAACUUAAUGAGGAAGCGAAUAGAAAAUGUCAGAGGAAUACUUCACAAAAUCGUCGUACGAGUAUCAGACACUUCAUGAAUAUACAUAAAAAAAAAAAAAAAAGACCGUGACCGAACCUUCACAUGGAGACUGUAUGAUGCGGAGGAAUGUGUGUGUGUGUGUGUGUGUGUGUGUGUGUGUCCCUUCUUAUAGUUAUAUCACAUAGAAGCUAUCUCCUCCUUUACACUGCGAGGAAAUAAACUGUACGUAUAGUUUUCAUGUAGUUGCAACAUUUCAAGUAGUGAUGCGGCGGUGGUACACGCGUGACAGAUCUGAAAUGUGGCCAAGGAGUGUAUUUCUUAGAGGAGCAGCGGCCAUUUUCACCGACAAAGAAAUGCUGCGGCGAUGAGGGCACGUGAGCUGCUCAGGAGGCUUAUGUAUAUAUGACUGAUUUACGUUUUUCCUCUUCUCUCUCUCUCUCUCUCUCUCUCUCUCUCUCUCUCUCUCUCUCUCUCUCUCUCUCUCUCUCUCUCUCUCUCUCUCUCUCUUUACACCUCUUACCUCUCCAAGCCACCAAAUCCUGUCUAUCAUCAUCCCUACCGUGCACUUCCAUUUACCAGCCUCAGUCUCUUUCCCAGGUCGGACGGUGAAACACGCACGGUCACCCCUUUACCCUUCACCCUCACAGCACAUGCCCUACGCAUCUUGAUCUCCAGUACUCCUUUACCUGCUUAUACCACUCCGUCCCACUCACCCAACGCACCACAGUCCUCCUCGUCCCAAGAAAUUUAUUCGCAAAAUUACGUAACAUCGACGCUAUGUUUUUGCCGACGGUGGUGGCUUUCCUGGUAGUGGUGGCCAGGAUGCUAUAUCUUCGAAGGGCGGGCCGGUGUACCUCCACUCGCAGCCUGGCCGGAAUGACUGCUAUUGUCACAGGGGCGUCAGCAGGCAUCGGGAUGGAGACUGCCAAGGAUCUGGCGAGGCGCGGGGCACGGGUGAUUCUCGCCUGCAGGAAUCUGACGAAGGCACAGGCAGUGGUCGACCACAUCAUCUCAGAGACAGGCAACAAGAAGGUGGUGGUGCGUCUGCUGGACACCUCAGACCUCUCCUCCGUCAGGCGCUUCGCUAAGGAAAUACUGCAGACGGAGGACGCCAUCCAUAUCCUGGUGAACAACGCGGGCAUCGCUGGCAAACAGGUGCGAGAGGUGACAGGUGACGGCCUGGAGCUGACCAUGGCCACCAACCACUAUGGCCACUUUCUGCUGACCAACCUGCUUCUCAAGCGCCUGAAGGAGAGUGCACCCAGCCGCAUCAUCAACGUGUCUUCAGUCGCCCACUUCUUUACGUGGAAGAUCAACUUGAAGGAUCUCAACUUUGAGAAGAGGAGCUACGGUACUCUUGAAGCGUACGCGCAAAGUAAACUGUGCAACAUUCUCUUCUCCCUCGAGCUGGCCGACAAACUGCGUGGCUCAGGGGUCACGGUCAACUCCCUCCACCCUGGCACUGUGGGGUCAGAGUUCUUCACGCGAGACGAGUUGGCGGUCACUUGGUUCCGCAAACUUUUCCUGUUUUUCGGCAACAUCGUACUCAGAUUAUUCGGCAAGGACAAUAAGCUGGGAGCCCAGACCACCAUUCACCUGGCAGUGGCGGAGGAGGUGGAGGGCGUGACAGGGAAAUAUUUUGAUGAGUGCAAGGAGGCCACCGCCUCGUGGCUGGCGCGGGACAGCAGCUUGGCAAAGGCCUUGUGGGAGAUAAGUGAGGCAGACGUCCAGCUCGCGCCCAGCGAGAUAUUUUACUGAGUCUGAGAAAGAGAGAGAGAGAGAGAGAGAGAGAAUUAGUACUGUACUUUCCUGUUUUUAUUUUUGUCACUAAUACCUUUACUCCAUUUAAAUUUUAGUAUAUAAUGGACCGCAUGAACUUUAAGGUGUGUGUGUGUGUGUGUGUGUGUGUGUGUGUGUGUGUGUGAAGCAAGGCAAUUACAACAUCAAGCCAGCACUUGAGGCACUAAAUGACCAAACGACCAACUUCCAGCAGCAUACUUUGAACCUUCGUCAGUCUAUGUAUACACCCUGCCACCCGCUAGCCCACGCACCGACUUCCAGCCAGCCAGCCACUCAGCUUGCCCUGCAUUCACCGCUUGCAGCUCAUCAGUCUGGUGGUCGCCUACCGUCAGUUUGUCUUCCAUUCAUCUCCCACUCCAAGAUCUACUACUUAACCAGUCAGUGAACAGAAUGACCACCUCGUCUUUCCUUUGCCAGCCGACACAAGAAAAGACACUUGUUGGCUGGGAGCGAAAGUCACCAGGCCACAGAGCACAACAUCUCGGCAGAGAUAGAACGACGAGGAGACGACCGCGCCGGUAAUGACAAACUAUCACAUACACAUUUUUCUUAUGAAUGCAUUUAUCGUUAUUAUUAUUAUUAUCAUUAUUAUUAUUUCAGUAAGCAACACCAUUUCUUUGUCUUCCUUUAUCAAGUUCGCUAUAACGCGUUGCAUUAUUAUUUUUUUUUAUUUCUGUAAAUCAAAAUAACAAUUUUCUUAAAAACUUCUUAAACGUUAUCAACUUACAUUCAGAUUCUGAGUACUACUGUGGUUUCUAAAAUGAUAUACCCGAUGAACAUUUCUAGGGACAUUAAUGUGCAAUAUAUAAUUUCUUUCUUCCCUUAAACUUUUCUCCAUUCUUGGUAUUUUCUUCUUUGAUUUUAAAUUUUUUUUUUCACUUUUGUUCGUAUUUUACCUUUUUUUCUCAAUUUAUUGCAUUCUUCCUCAUCUUGUUUCAAUGCUUUAUUUAUUUUCUUUAUCUGUGAUGUAGCUGCCUUGAAUCUCGCAAAAGAUAAAGAUACAAAAGAGGGGGUUUCCAUUCCCUUUCUUCGUCCCUCAUACCGUUUAAGUAGCUAAAUUUGAGGUACAGAGCGAAAGUUACGAAUAAAUAAAUGUUGUUAAUAUAU